GCGACAAUUUAUUGAAAAAAAAACUUAGAGUACUCAAAAUCGCAUGCUACGUACAUAAGCAGCCGCAUCCAAAAUAAAAUUAUAAAAUGUCAAAUUCUUGCUCAAACAGUCAAGCAUUUCAUUAAAACCAAUAACUUAGACUCAAAACUAUGUGUGGGCAUUGGUGUAACCUAAUGUUAGGUGAACAAAAGGGCGCUGUAAUGGAAUUGCAAAAAUGCUUGCCAAAUGCUCUAAAAAGUCCAUGGGCAAAUCAUGCCUUGAAUCUUUCGAUUUCAAAAAGCAGCAGUGUCCAAGCAGUAAGAAAUACUGUAGGUAUAAUGUAGGAAGUAAUUGCGUUCUUCAAAGCA